AUGAGAUGCGGGCAAACUGAUUUAUUUAAGGGGGCAGACCAGACAUCCGGUUUGUCGAAUUACGCUUUAAGAGCGCCUGUAGACGGAGUGUCGUUUCGAUCGCCUCGUGCGACAAGGGGAUUAGAGUUGCAAUUGUUGUUGUUGUUUUCAAACGUACGCUCGAAACGCUCGUGUCGUCUUUUGUUGCAGAGGCCACCCUCCUCGUCGCUGUCGUACCCUGGCGCGGGUGGCAACGAGGACGCGCGCAGCCCCGGAAGCGGGGGCACACCUGGACCCCUCAGCGCACAGGCGCCCGCUAGUUUGGACUCCUCGGAUCCCGGUAAAUGGUGUCCGCGUAGGGAAUGGAGUUCGCCGCCGGACGCGCAACGAGCGGCGAGCGAUGCGCGUCGUGGCGUUCUUUACUCUUCCGUCUUCCUCGGUAGCCCCGGUGACGCGAGUAACGCGAGUAUCGGCAGUGGCGAGGGUACCGGCGAGGAAGACGACGACUCGUCGGGUAAGAAGAACCAGAAGAAGAGGGGUAUCUUCCCCAAAGUGGCGACCAACAUCCUCAGGGCGUGGCUGUUUCAACACCUCACGCAUCCGUACCCUUCGGAAGACCAGAAGAAGCAACUGGCUCAAGACACGGGGUUGACGAUCCUUCAAGUUAAUAACUGGUUCAUCAACGCGAGGCGUAGAAUCGUCCAGCCUAUGAUCGACCAGAGCAAUCGAGCCGUAUUUCCGCCAUUGUCCGCAGGUCCUAGCGGGGCGUACAGUCCCGACCCGACGAUGGGCUACAUGAUGGACGGACAGGCGGCGAGCAUGAUGCACCGGCCGCCCGGUGAUCCCACCUUCCACAAUCAGUACCAUUACCCGGAGUACUAUGGACAUCACUUAUAAAGUAGUCGCAAAUGAAGGUAGACGAUGGAAUGACGAUUCUUGCGGAACGGGAAACGUAGCAGCGUGACGGAAGCGCAGCGUGCUCCGGUUGGCGUUAGAGCGGCAAGGUGCAACGGGGGCAACGAGGAAGCGAUUCGCGUCGCCUCCGGCUCGUGAUCGACGCGAAAGAGGCCGAGGAGGAGGAGGAGGAGGAGGAUAUUUCUCGAGCCGCGUCGCGGUCUCGUCGAUGGAGGUGCUCGAGAGCCAGGAACGCACGAUGCGGACAAUCGAGGCGGAAAAGCACGGCCGUCGGUCCGAUUCUGGAGGAGGUGAAAGAAGAAGGGAGAAGAAAAAAGGGAGGGAAAAAUCGUGGUUUCGAGGUUCGAUGGACCUGCGAGCUUCGAUGAAGAGGAAAAACUUGGAGGAACGACUCGGGGUGUGGACCGACCGAGAGGCUUGUGUUGGUACGCGUGGAACCGGAAGCAAGAUGGAGGAGGGAAGAAGAAGGAAGAGGGAAG